AUGAAAGUAUCUAUAAUUAUUCGAUUCACUAAUUCAAUAUCAUCAGAAAAUAUACCAGAUCUAUCAAUACCAUUAACUAUAAAUGAUAAAGAUGAUACUAAUAAAUUUACCAAUAUUUCAUAUUAUAAAUCAAUAAUUAGAGAAAAAGUAUCACCAAAUAAACGUCUAAGAUUAAUUUAUAAUGGUAGAGUAUUAAAUGAACAAACUAAUUUUAUAAAAGAAGUUAUUAAAAAUCAGGAAAUUGUUUAUAUUCAUUGUGUUGUUGGUGAAGAAUUAACUGAAGAACAAUUGGAACAAGAAAAUCAAUUAGAUAUACCACAACAACAGUCAACUACUGAAAUUAUUGGAUUUGAUAGAUUAUUACAACAAGGUUUUUCACAAGAUGAUGUAAUGGAUUUAAGACGUCAAUUUAAUUUAAUAUAUGGUGAAUCGAGUCAACAACCACAAGAUAUCGAUGAUGUUGAGGAAAAUGAAGCAAGACAAAGAGAAUUAAGACAAAUGGAAGAAAGAUGGAUUGAAUCAACUAAUAAUAAUGAGGAAAUUGAACAAGAAUCAGCUUCAAUACAAGUUGAAGAUGAAACUCACGUAAAUGAGGAUUUAUUAUUAGGAUUUCUUAUUGGUAUAUUUUUAGGAGUUGUUGCUGUUGUAUUUUUAUUAGCUGAUGAUACUGUCUUUAACAAACGUCAAAAAAUGUCAAUUAUAGCUGGUCUAUUUAUAAAUUUUUCAUUAGCAAUAGUUAGAGGUCAAUGGAUAUAA